AUGCUCGGCACUAUUGUUCAGGCAUCCUUGUUCUCAGCCUUCCUCGCCGAUGCGGCGCCACAUCCGCAUCGGCGAGCGGAUAAUGGAGUUGCCAAAACGCCACCAAUGGGAUGGAAUACGUAUAACCACUACUCCUGCUAUCCCAAUGAGAGUAUUGUGCACUCUAAUGCGCAAGCUCUUGUCGAUCUUGGUCUGGCAGAUCUGGGAUAUACAUAUGUUACCACUGAUUGUGGCUGGACGGUCGCUGAUCGAUUAGCUAAUGGGUCUUUGACUUGGGAUGCAACGCUAUUCCCAAGCGGAUUCCCGGCUCUUGGCGAGUUUCUGCAUGGCCUGGGGCUGUUAUUUGGUGUUUAUGAGGAUGCGGGGAUCAAGACAUGUAGUGAGGGACAGGAUCAGGCUGGGAGUUUAUACCAUGAAGCUCAGGACGCCGCAACAUUUAUGUCAUGGAACAUCGAUUCGCUGAAAUAUGACAACUGCUAUUCCGAUGCAGCAACCGACUACCCAAAUGUAGAUUACACUCCUAGCACAUCACCCAGUCUGCGAUACGCAAAUAUGACCAAAGCAUUGGAUGCCCAGUCCCGGUCAGUUCUGUUCCAAAUCUGCGAAUGGGGCGUCGACUUCCCAGCGCUCUGGGCUCCCGCCCUAGGAAACACCUGGCGAAUCGGCAACGACAUCAUCCCAGACUGGCGAACGAUUUUCCGCAUUUUGAAUCAGGCAGUCCCCAACCAACCCUACACUGGACCGGGCCAAUGGCCUGACCUUGAUAUGCUUGAGGUGGGAAACAAUGUCUUUACCACCGCGGAAGAACAGACGCAUUUCUCGCUGUGGGCUAUCAUUAAAAGUCCGCUUGUUAUUGGCGGUGCUCUGAAGGAUGAGUAUACCUCUAUUAGCGAGGCUUCGUUGGACAUCUUGAUGAAUAAGGAUGUUAUUGGAUAUAACCAGGAUAGCCUUGGUGUUGGUGCUGGAUUGAAGAGGAGAUGGACUGAGGAGGUUUAUGAGGUUUGGAGUGGACCGCUUUCUGGGGACAGGAUUGUUGCGGCUGUUAUUAACUGGGAUGACGAGGAGAGGGAGUUGACAUUGGAUUUGCCGGAUGUUGGUUUGCAGUAUGCGGGCUCUGUUAAGGAUAUUUGGGGUGGUAACUCGGCUGAGGGUGUGAAGACUUCUUAUUCGGGAUCUGUUGCGGCUCACGGUGUUUUGUUGCUUGAGCUUGGGGAUACUACUGCGGCUGGAACUUAUCCUACCAGUUUGUUCGGGUCUUCAGAUGGCACAACGACAACUUUCGAGUCCGUCUACGCCAACACGACCAGUUCAAAGUAUACCGUUUCAAUCUCAUUCUCCACGGCUCCAACAAAAGCCACAACCAUCGAGCUUAGCACCUCGGCAAACCCAACAUCUCAAUCUAUCAAGGUGCCCGCUUCGAGCAAAACCAUCACGUCAACCCUUUCCCUGACAGCCGGAUCAGCAAACACAAUAACCAUCAAAUCCGGUAUGACAAUAGACUCUAUCACCAUCGAGUCACCAACAGGAACAUACUACGCAGGUCAAACAGAUUUUACUCUGGCCGGAUCCGCAGUUAUUGAACAAUGCGGAACCAGUGGCUGUGCCCCAGUCGGCUACAAAAUCGGCUAUAUCAGCUCUACAGGUACAGCAACAGCUACCAUCCCGGCAACAGUCUCAAGUGCCAGCGGAACAGAGGCAAAGUACAUCGAGAUAGAUUACAUCAAUAAUGAUGUUGCAUUCUCGACUACCUGGGACUGGGGCUCUAAUUCGCGGAACAUCACUGUCUCGGUUAAUGGGGGCGACCCUGUCAGACUCGAGGUCCCGCUUUCAGGGCACCAUAGCGAGCUUUAUAGUCCUGGCUUGGGAUGGUGGGAUACGGCUACACUUGGGCUUUUGCUUGAUGGGUGGGUGGAUGGUGAUAAUGAGGUUGUUGUUGCUAAUGCUGCUGAUACGGAUGUCUCUGAGACUUGGGGAGCUGACUUUGUGGGAUUGAGGUUCUUUGAUUAG